AUGGAUUCGGAGCAAGGCAACAUGCUCUCCCAUAUCAUAUCGCAACUACGACCUGGUGCCGAUCUAAGCCGGGUGACGCUGCCUACAUUCAUUCUCGAACCGCGGUCGAUGCUGGAACGAAUAACAAAUUUCAUGGCACAUCCCGAGACGCUUCUUCCCAUUACAGAGGUGCAGGACCCUGUGCAACGAUUUGUAGCCGUGACAAAGUUCUACCUCAGUGGAUGGCACAUUAAGCCCCCUGGAGUCAAAAAGCCGCUGAACCCUAUACUCGGUGAGAUCUUCACGGGCUAUUGGGACUACUCCGAUGGCACCAAAGGAUACUACAUUGCCGAGCAGACGUCACAUCACCCACCCAAGUCGAGCUACUUUUUCAUGGCACCCGAACACCACAUCCGUAUCGACGGCACACUCAAGCCUCGGAGCAAGUUUCUGGGCAAUUCCGCUGCAAGUAUGAUGGAGGGUAUUGCCGUUUUGCGACUUUUAAAUACCGGUGAACGAUUUUUCGUUACACAACCCAACAUGUACGCACGGGGAAUUCUUUUCGGAACAAUGAAGUACGAACUCGGCGACCACGCUUACAUCAAGUGCCCCGAGACAGGCCUCAGUGCCGACCUCGAAUUCAAGACCAAGGGUUACUUCAGUGGGACGUACAAUGCCAUCGGGGGUUACAUCAAGGAUGCCAAUGGCAAGAAUUUAUACGAGCUAUCUGGUCAAUGGAAUGAGGAGAUGUACAUCAAGGAUCUGACGACUGGCAAGAAAGAACUCCUAUUCGACGCGGCGCAUACCAAGCACACACCUCCAAUGGCCCGACCCUUGGAAGAACAAGAUGAGCGGGAAUCACAGAGGCUUUGGCGUGAUGUGACAGAAGCUGUAAAGCGGAGAGACCAGGACGUAGCCACAGAUGCGAAAGCCAAGAUAGAAGACAUGCAGCGGCAAGAGGCCGCAAAACGAAACAGCGAAGGCGUUGAUUGGCAUCCCCAGCUCUUCAGACGCGUCAAGGGUGGCCAAGGCGGAAGCGAGGAAGGCGAAGAAGAUCUUGACUGGAUCAUCAAUGCGAAAGUCGACGGAAAGACCCCCGAAGAGGUUGUGAAGCAAAUCUUGCAGAUUUACGCCAUCCUGCCAGGGCAGAAGCCAGACAGACAGUUCAGCAUUCCUUCGCGGACAAACGAAGUCCAGCAUGCACAGACAGAUGGAGCUACCCAACCGACCGAACAGUCAGUGCAGCCGGUGGAAGACAUACCGUCCACACAAUCUGAGACUACAAGCGUGCAGUCACAGCCCGCAGUCAUGUCACAGCAGCAGCAGAGCGUAGGUCUCCCCACAAACUUCGACGGAACAUCGACUCAUGCCCCGCUUUCCAAACACAGCAGUCAACCGAACGACCCCAGUAACCCGUCUACGGUACCUUCCCAACAGGCCCACUCUGUACCAGAUAUCUCGCCUGAGAAUCAGGGAAAGUUCGCGAAAGAACUGCCACCUAGCAAACUGCUAAAUUCGAAUCCUGCGCGAGAGCCCCGAAGAAAUGAUCUUCUGCGGAGGUUAGACAGUCAGACACAGGAGGAGGAUAAAUUUCAUGACGCACAUUCGUGA